CUUAAUCUUGUUUUCAACAUUACCUUAUCUCCCAUGAUUCUGUCCGUUGUCUGUAGUCCUCGCAGUGAUACAAAAAUGAAAAAAACCUUUCUUUUUCACAGAAACUAACUCGGACCUAAGAAGAUGAAGACUUUCUCCUCAAUUCAACUACCCCACCAUUUUUAUUGUGCAAGAUUCUUCUCCUACACAACCACAAGGACUCAACUUUCUUUUCCUGCAAAGGUCUUCAUUUGCCAGGCAAAAUCAGGUAUAGAUGGGUCAUUGAAUUUAAAAGUGGUGUCUCCCACUCUGUUAGUAGCAGAAAAGGAAGAAGCCAAGGCUGUAUUGGCCUUGUUCUUGAAGAAGCAAGGUUUGAGCAAUGCGGUUGCUGCUAGAACCAUCAACAAGUCAGAUCUUUUUAUUGAUCACCUUGUCUCAAAGCUUCAUUCUAAACACAGAUCUUGGUAUCUUGCAGGAAGAGAGCUUACAACUUUGGAGAUCAGGGAUGCUCUUAUCCCUUAUCUUGAAUCUCUGUUUGAAGAGCAUGGUGACAUUCUAGUGGAUGUCGUGGAAAACUAUCCAAACCCACCUGUUAAGGACAAAUCUGCAGUGCCAGUUCCUCCUUCUAGUCCAGUCUUAGACUCUAAGAAGCUUAAAGCUGUGUCACUAGUGAGUGAGACAGACCCAGAUGGUGGCAAUCUGCGCCCUCAUAUUGUCUAUCUCAUGGAACUUGGUAUGGAUAUUGAGCAGAUUCGGAGUAUCACACAUCGAUUCCCAGCUUUUGCCUACUAUAGCUUGGAGGGUAAAGUUAAGCCAGUGGUUGAGUUUUUUCUUGAACUUGGGGUUCCAAGAGAGCACAUUCCCAUUAUCCUCAGUAAAAGGCCACAGUUAUGUGGUUUCAGUCUAUCUGAAAAUCUUAAACCCACCAUGAAGUUCUUAGAGUCAUUGGGUAUUGACAAGAAGCAAUGGCCAAAGCUGAUCUAUCGCUUCCCAGCCCUGCUAACUUAUAGCAGGCAGAAAGUGAUGGAAAGCAUAGAUUUCCUUCUUGAAUUGGGCCUAUCUGAAGAGAAUAUAGGUAAGAUUUUAACUCGUUGCCCCAAUAUCGUUAGUUAUAGUGUAGAGGACAAUCUCCGACCCACAGCAAAGUACUUCCAUUCUUUGGGGGCUGAUGUUGGCAUUCUUCUAUUCAGAUGCCCACAGAAUUUUGGACUUAGCAUUGAGGCCAACCUGAAACCUAUAACAGCAUUUUUCUUGGAGAGGGGAUACACUUUGGAAGAAAUUGGUACCAUGAUUUCAAGAUAUGGAGCCUUGUAUACUUUUAGCUUGACUGAAAAUUUGAUUCCAAAAUGGGAUUUCUUUUUGACCACAGGAUACCCAAACUCUGAGCUGGUUAAGUUUCCUCAGUAUUUUGGAUACAGUUUAGAGAAAAGGAUUAAACCUAGAUUUGCAAUCAUGAAGAAAUCUGGGGUAAAGUUACUGCUGAACCAGGUUCUUUCUCUGUCAAGCAACAACUUUGACAAGGCCUUGAAAAAGAAAAUGAAAAAAAUGCAAGAUGGUUAGGAUUUUAGUUACAACAGCAAAGUUCCUCAAUCCAUCAGAAAAAGAAAAUUGAGACUUUCAGGUAAUGUUACAGGUUAGAAGCUACUGAACUUCACGGUUGUUUUGUUUUUGGAGGGAUCAAUGAAGUCAAAAGUUGCAGUUAUACUGGAACAUUAUUAGUCAAUAGCUAGGUCCUGAAACCAAACUCUGGUAACAUCCAUAUUUGAAACCUUUCUUGGACGCCACAGGUGCCAUUAUUUGUUAUUGUUAGAUGUCCCUUGAAACUAGUACUGUCAACAAUAUGAGAAGUGCUUCUGCAAUGAGUUGUCCGACAAAAUCACUAUCAGAUAAAUUCAGUUGCAGUUUUGGUGCUGCAGCAUGUGUAACGGUGGAUUUUUCAUUGGAGUUUGGUUUAUAGCAGAUCAUUUGCAUGAAUAGCCUUUUCAUUGGUUAAAUUAUUGUAAUUAUAUCGAUUUACAGUACUCCUAUGGAUUUGUCUCGUAACAAAUUAAUGAAUAAUUUUCUCAUUUGUUCGAA